UUAGUUUUUUUUAUCAUUCUUAAAAUAAGUCUUUUGCAAACUAAUUUGUGCAACUUUAAAAAUGUAUUAAGUGACUUUAUUAUUAUUUAUUUAUAUGCCUACUAUAUAUAUCGUGGUUAUUAUAUUUUUAGCUAGGGAAAGAUUGGGAAACACGAGUGGCACAAAAUUUAAGACAUGUUUAGGACUAUGAAUUUAUUACAUUUAACUUAAUUUUUGUAGAGUAAUUAAUGUAUGAGUUACCUCUACAGACAUUAACGACGAUGUUUUAGCAGUUAAUAAAUUGAAAUUGAUUUUAUUGUCACAAUAUUUUUUGUUUUAGUUUUUUCUGAAUUAAAGAAUAUACACGUCAAUGCAGCAGUGGUAAAUGAAAACAAAUAUCCAUGGAUAGCGCGCGUGAUUCAUUCGAAGAAUAAUUUAGCGCCUGUCAUGUGCACAGCAAUAUGUAUUGAUGUCAAAAUAUUUAUAACUGCAGCUCGAUGUGUAGCAAUGCUCAAGAUUGCUUAUACAUCACUCAUAUACCAAGGAGUCAGAUUAACAGUUAAAGCAUUAGUGAUGCCCACAAAGGAAUCUAAACAAUUAUUUGAUGAUAUAGGUUUUAUUAUAGUAAAUGAUGAGUUUACUGGUCAGUGGAAAAAGAUUCACACAUACAAUAAAAGGCGUCCAGACAAUACUUUUGAAUGGUAUAAGAAAAUCAUUAUUGAUGAAAAAUAUGAUCACAAGGUUGUUGGAUAUGCCAUGAAAAAGGGUUCUAAUGUCUCACCAAUUUGGAAAUCCAACUAUGAGUUAACAGAACUUAAUGUAGUGGUUGGCAUAUAUCUAUGUCAAAGAAUCAUAGCAGUCGACAAGCCUAACGCUUACGAAGUACCAUGCUACCAUUCAUGUGGGCAUAAAAAUCACUUUGCUAAUGACAAAGUAUGUAAAAAAUACCAUGGGACAUUGGGUGGGGCGUUGGUAAACACUAAAAGCAAAAUGUUGUUUGGUGUUGCCACUUGGGCGGAAACGGAUUCAAGAUUGACAUAUCACUUACCAGUUGGGUUUUCCGUUCCUAACUCUGAUUCUUAUUUUGAAGAUUACGCUUGCAGUAUAAAAAUACGAAACAGCAAAGAAGCUAAUGCAGAAGCAGGACAUUAUCAAAAACUUUGUGAUAGCAAGAGAAAGCAUAACGUUGAUAUGACAAAUCAUGAUAUGGAUGACAUAUAUAUGACACAAUAA